GGACAGCCUGUACAUCAUUAAUCAUGAAUUAUGGAUUUUUUGUGGUAUGAAUUUGUUCUUUAAAACUUUAAAAAUGUUAAGUGAAAAGUUAAGUUUGGUUCAGUGUACGAAAUAAGUCUUUAAUAAUUUUCCGAAGAAACACUGGGCCAGAAAAGCGAAAACGUAGAUAGAAGCAACCAGUCAGCGGUAAGGUUGAUUUUUAACAGUUUAAAUCACGACCCCGCGGCCGGGGGCACAUGUAGCGUCGGGACACAACUAGUAUUACAAAGGGGGACAUUUAGUAAAAAAAAAAAAACGAACCAAGCAUCACAAUAAUUACUCAUGUAAAUCAUGUACUCAUGGGGUCCCUGGGCCUCUUGAUAUCUUCUAUAUAAAUACCUUGAAAUAGCAUUACAAUUGAAUUGCACAUCACAUUUACAGAAAGAAGAGGCAGAUUUUGCAUCCAAACUAGAAAAUCAUCUUGUGAAUAUAAACUAUAGUUUGAAUGAAUAUGAAUUUGGGAAUUUCAACCAAUCCAUAAAUGCAUGUGAAAGUAAAAGGCCCAAUGAAUGUAACAUUUGUAUGAAAACAUUUAAUCAUCCACAUGGGUUACAGAAACACACGAGGAUACAUACAGAUGGUAAACGUCAUAAAUGUGAUGUGUGUGGAAAGACAUUCAAACACCCAUGUAGAGUACAGAGACACAUGAGAACACAUACAGGUUAUAGACCUUAUAACUGUAAUGUGUGUGGAAAGGCAUUCAAACUGUCACAUCACCUACAGGAUCACAUGAGAAUACACACAGGUGAUAAACCUUAUAAAUGUGAUGUUUGUGGAAAAUCAUUCAGCCACCCACAGUAUUUAAAGAGUCACAGGAGGACACAUGUAGAUAAAAGACUUUAUAAAUGUGAUAUGUGUGGAAAGGCUUUCAACUCCCAAGGAAAACUACAGAUGCACACAAGGACACAUACUGAUGAAAAACCUUAUAAAUGUGAUAUUUGUGGGAAGGCAUUUAAACUGUCACAUCAACUACAGGAUCACAUACGAAUACAUACAGGUGAUACACCUUAUAAAUGUGAUGUGUGUGGGAAAGAAUUCAUUCGGUCGCCUGACUUAAACAGACACAUGAUGAUACAUACUGGUGAUAAACCUUAUACAUGUGAUGUGUGUGGGAAGGCAUUCAACAGAUUGAAUAGCUUACAGAGGCACAUUAGGACACAUACAGGUGAUAAACCUUAUAAAUGUGAUGUGUGUGGGAAAGCAUUCUCCCUCUCAGAAAACUUACAGAGGCACAUAAGGACACACACAGGUAAAAAACCAUAUGUAUGUGAUGUGUGUGGGAAGGCAUUUGCUCAAUCUAAAACCUUACAGGCACACGUGAGGACACAUACAGGUGAGAAAUCUUAUGAAUGUGAUGUGUGUCGCAAGACAUUCAGCCAGUCACAGUAUUUAACGAGUCACUUGAGCACACAUACUGGUGAAAAACAUUAUAAUUGUGGUGUAUGUGGGAAAGCUUUCUGCCAGACACAACACGUACAGAGUCACAUGAGUACACAUACAGGUGAUAAUCUUCAUAUAUGUAAUGUUUGUGGAAAGGCAUUCAAUUGUUCAAAAAAAUUCGAAAGACAUUGUAGGAUACAUAGUGUUGACAAACCUUACAUAUGUGGUUUGUGUAAGAAAACGUUCUGUGAAAAAGUGGAUUUAAGUAUACACAUGAGGACACAUACAGAUGAGAACCUUAUAAUGUGAUGCAUGUGAAAAGGCAUUCUAACAAUAAGGUAACUUACAUUCAUAUAUGAGGACACAAACACUUUAUAAACUUUUUGAAUGUGAUGUGUGUGGGAAGGCUUUCAACAGAUUCAGUAUAUAUAUAAUACACGGUUCAGGAAAGGAAACAUUCAAUUGACAAACCAUAGAAAUUAUAUAUAUUAGGCCUUUCAACUAAUUUUUCAAGUUGCACAUACAUGUAUAGUAAAAAUAACUAUUCAUUGAUAGAUUAUAGGUAUAGAUCAAAAAGACGAUAACUUAUGCAUAAUUUAAUUAAGGACAUACGCAAUGUACCUUACCUACUGAUAACUUUUCAUUUUAUUCUAAAUUUAAAUUUAUAAUACCAUUACAUGUUCUCAGACAAAAAAAUCAGCAUGUGUUACCAGCAGUUUUAAAAAAUAUCAAAUUAUGAGAAUUUUUGCAUUAUUCAAAGAAAAAUUUCCAUACUUACAAAACAUUAUCCAGAUUUUUUUCCCAUGAAAAUUUGUCACAGAAAAUAAGUACAAAUCCAUGUUUAAACAUUUAAAGUAUUGGCACAUAGAUCCUUUAUUUAGUGGAACUUUUCAACUCCAGGGAAGAACCCAGUAAAGUUCAAACUACGUUGCGUAUGACCUUUAAUCAAUAAAAACUUUAAUUAUUUAUAAAUGAAUUAUACGAUGUUGGUUUUGAAGGACAGGUAACUCAGGUGUGUAAAAUGACAAAUUAAAGGUGAACACUACUCGUAAAUAGGCAUAGUCCGCCAUAUUUACCAUUCUUCAACGUUCUCCCUACAACCCGUAUAAAAGGAGAUCGCUGAUCAGUCCAUUGCAUUUCACUGUAGAAAUCUGACGAGUGUAGACGUACUUCUUACAAUGCGCUACUAAAUCUCGAUGAAAUUAUCAAAUUUGACAUGUGGGAAGGCUUAAGCACUGAGAAGGGUGUCAUGCCUCUUCAAUGUCAUAUGAAUGAGAAAGAAAAAAAAAACAAUAAGUGAGAAAAGACAUUUUAAUAGUUAUUAGAUGACUUAUCCAAUGGCUUGUUUUGUUUAAUACAAAUAUAUUCAAUUAUUACAUUUUUUUACUGCAUUUUAAUGUUCAAUUAUAUAAGUUUGUUUUCUUAGUAAUUUUUUUUUUUUCGUAUUUUUCUUAAUGUCUUUACUUGCAGGUACUUUAUUUUUUAUGUGGUGUCUAAAUUGUUUAAUUCCAGGGUUGUUUUAUUUGCACUCGAAUAGAACACAUAAAAUUUGUAUAUUAGGAACACUUAACAUAUUGAUCAUGUUGAUAGAAAUAUUAACAACAAAAGCAGAAUUAUAUUUUACAAUCUUAGGUACAUCUAUAUUGUAAGGUCCUGCCAGAUGAAUAAAAUUUAACUAUGAUGUACUAUGUAAUAGUUAUUGGGUGGGUGGACUUUACAUGUAAUGAUAUUUCAUUUAGGUCAAAACGUUAUGACAACAAUGGCUGAGAAUUUUAGAAUUUGUAUUUAUAUUUACAUGCCAUGAAUAAGCUACCUUUCAUCUUAAAUCUGCAUGUAUUUCUUGAGCUACAUUGUACAUGUAACUGUUAUCAUCAGUUCUACAUGUGUGGAUAAGCUGUAAUACUUUGAAUCAUCUGAUGCCAUGGCACUUAUUUACAUUCUGUCUGCCAUCUUUUUAUUGGUGCAUGUUAAGUACAAUUCGUAUUUUGCCAAACUUAUUAUCCAUGCUAUAUCACGGGCAUAAAUUACUUGCAGUUUAUUAUGUCAAUUAUUAUUUUGGGUUCUUCUAUUCAUUCUAGCCAUUAUAAUUCGUGCGUACAUAUAUAUGUCUACAAGUUCCACUAUACAUGUAUUUUUAUCCAUCUGCGAUAUCGUCUGCAUACUCAACAAGUUCAUUUUUGUGAAAUUUACAAAUUUCAGAGUAAAAUUUCAUACUUAGUUAUAACAGACACAUCUUUCGUUAUUCAUAUUUAUUGGUUAUUUUGUCUUCUAACAUUUUAAUUUCGUUUCGCAGUUUUUAUCCUCAUUGUACGGCAAAUUUGUUUGUACUGCUUGGUAGAUCUCUGUUUGUACUGUACCAUACAGUGUCGUGAUUGGUGGAUCGUCGCUGUACAGCAUUGUUAAUGGUUGAAUCUAGUCAUGUGACCCUUUUCCAAAAAUUAUAUACAGUGGACCUUCAGAUAUCCGGACGCCAGAUAUCCGGAUGCUUCUCUAUCCGGACGAUUUUUCUUCGGAACGAAAUUUUCAAAUGUUAUUUUGUGUUGUUUUACUGGUGAUUCAGAUAUCCAGGUGCUUCACAUAUCCGAACAAAUUGACUGGGAACCAAAGCGUUCAGAUGAAUGAGGGUCCACUGAUCGCAUUAUGUAAACAGAUAAUUUGUCGAGUUGUCAGGCGCCUAUAUUUCAAAGAGAAAAGUCCAAUACCCGCCCAUAUUUUUACUGAAGACGUAUAUAGCAUUAUCAUUGUGAUUUCAGGUGAAAAAAUGAUCGACAAUUUUCUCCAAACACUUGACACUUAUUUUAUUGUAAUUAACUGUGGGGAUCAUCCUUGUAUAGCCAUUGUACCCCCACCCCCUUUUAUAAUAGUAGCUUGUACAGUAGACGUCACCAGAGUUUAUUAUUGUACCUGUUAAAAUGAGAAAUGAUUUAUGAUUAAUAAAUAUUGUUGAGACAAAGACGAAUCUUAUGUUUUUUUCCCUAUAACUAGAGGAGCAAGGAUUUUAGUACAGGAGUACUAUCAGAAUUUAUUUUGUAGCGUCCUUGACUUAAUCUUGGCCACUCCCAGGGAUCUUACAAUAUCACAAGAGUGAAUAAAACCUUGUGAUAUUAUUUUUUUCUGUCGUUUGUUUUUGUUUUUUUUUAUACAUGUAA